AUGCCCAAAGCUACAGUGCCCACGCGCCGCCACACGCGUCGGCAACGCUUGGGUGUCCAAAACGAUAUCGCAUCACCGGAAAACUUCCAAAGUGAGAGCCAAGACUCCUACCCUAGAAACGGUGGCCGGAGGAGGGAGAUCAAGCCGGCGAAGUUUCAAGCGAAAAUCGGCCAAAACCUGCAUUUUCCGGUGACUGGAGCGGCGGCCGAUGUCGGGGAAGGGCCGGGUCAUGACACCGGGGCUGAGCCGGUCAUUUUGGCACCGGUCCCGUCCGCAUCCGUGGCCGGUGGCCGGAGUUGCGAGGGAGGAGGGCGACGGCUGUCGCGCGGAGGAGAGAGAGAGAGCACCCCCGAGAGAGAGAGUUUUCAGAUUUUAUUCAAAAUCCAUUUCGAAAUAUUUACGAUUAUGCCACUGAGGGUAUUUUGA